UUUUUCAAUAUUUCUCUUUUUGAUAUAUUGUUUUCUCUAAUCAAAACAAAAGUGGAAGAAGAUUUCAUUAGCAAAAGAUUUUUAUUUUCUUCAUUAACAAAACAGAAAAUUAGCAUAGCGCUAACGCCAAAUCCAAUUGCUAACAGCCAGUUCAAGAAAUCGUUUCCUUUUAUCAAUCAGUUGCUUAAAUCCAGGAAAAAGAAAUGGCAAGCACAUUGAGGCUGUAUUUGACUUGCAUAAGGAACACGCUUGAGGCUGCUAUGUGUCUCCAGAAUGGCUUGGAAAAGGAUGUUUAGCCAUCAACUUUUUGCUUGAUAUAAUGCUCAUAGAUUAAGAGCAGAGGAUUCAACGUAGUCAGAUGGGAAUGAAUUUUCCUUGUCAAGAAGUUGAGAGGCACAAUAAGCCAGAAGUUGAACUAAAGACAAGCCCAGAACUUCUGCUAAAUCCUGUUUUGAUAUGCCGAAAUGAGGCUGAGAAAUGCUUAAUAGAAACAUCUAUCAACUCACUACGGAUAAGCCUCAAGGUAAAACAAGCAGAUGAACUGGAAAACAUACUAGCUAAAAAGUUCCUUAGAUUUUUGUCUAUGAGGGCAGAAGCAUUUCAAGUUUUGAGAAGAAAACCAGUACAGGGUUAUGAUAUCAGUUUCCUUAUCACAAACUACCACUGUGAAGAGCUGCAGAAACAGAAGCUCAUUGAUUUUAUUGUGCAAUUCAUGGAGGAUAUCGAUAAAGAGAUAAGCGAAUUGAAAAUGUCGGUGAGUACGCGAGGGAGGUUGGUGGCUACGGAGUUUUUAAAGCAAUUCUAACAUCUUAAAUAUUACCAGUAGUAUUAUAUCUGAAUGAAUUCUGGGUUUCAUUGCCCACAAUUGUCAUCCUUCAUAGAUCAGUAGCCAUUGUUAGGUUAAAACAAAAAGACAGAAGUCUCUUCCUCUUUUAUGUACUCAUGUUCAUAUGUUUUAUGUUGAUAGACUUUGGGGGAUA